AAGGUCCACUCAUCAUAUCAUUAAAAACCUUUCUUAAAUUCUCUCUCAGUUUACCCACCUUCCAUUUUCUUGAACAUCUCAAAAUAUCAACUCCCAAAAAAAAAAAAAAAAAAAUUUAUACCCCAAAUAACAAGAUCUAUUUCUACAGUAUACUCUACUAAUCAAACAGUUAUGGAUUCAUCAGAUGAUGAUAUUGAAGAAUAUCUUUUCAAGAUUGUAAUAAUAGGUGAUUCAGCAGUUGGAAAAUCAAAUUUAUUAUCAAGAUAUGCUAGAGAUGAGUUCAACUUGCAUUCAAAAGCAACAAUUGGAGUUGAGUUUCAGACCCAAGUUCUUGAAAUUAAUGGUAAAGAAGUAAAAGCUCAGAUUUGGGAUACUGCUGGUCAAGAAAGGUUUAGAGCUGUAACUUCUGCUUAUUAUCGUGGUGCUUUUGGUGCAUUACUUGUUUAUGAUAUUAGUCGGAGAAGUACUUUUGAAAGUGUUACGAGGUGGCUUGAUGAGCUUAAUAGUAAGUUAUUUCGUACUGUUCUGUUUCAAUUUAUGUGUCAUAUUUCCUAUUUUAAUUCGAUGCACUAAACUCUCGCUAUCAGUUGCGAUGCCACAUGAUCACAAGGGUGGUCAACUAACCACCUUCGCCGAAAAAUUACACUGUGUAUAUAGGUAAAAUAUUACGUUUUAGAGAUAUAUAACACAUAUGGAACACCCUUUGUCGGAAUUUUUUUUUCAUUUCUUUCAAAUUUGAAUAACUCGGAAAAAUUCCUAGCUUCGCCACUGCUCGCUAUGCGGGGGUCGGAGAAAGGGCCGGAUCAUAAGGUUCUAUUGUAUGCAGCAUUACCUUGCAUUUUUGCAAGAGGCUAUUUUCAUGGCUCGAAUCCGUGACCUCUCGAUCACGU